CCCACCUGCAACACCCCCACCCCGCACAGGGCUCCGCCCGCUGCCCCGCCCCGCCGCCGCCUCCCGCACCCGUGUACGCACGGACGCACGCACAUACGCAGCGAAACAGCCAGCGACGGCCGGGCCGCCACCACGAAGCGCCGCAGCCCGUUACUGAAAUCAUGAAUCCUGUGUAUAGCCCUGGAUCUUCUGGGGUUCCCUAUGCAAAUGCCAAAGGAAUUGGUUAUCCAGCUGGCUUCCCAAUGGGCUAUGCAGCGGCUGCUCCUGCCUAUUCCCCUAAUAUGUAUCCUGGAGCAAAUCCUACCUUCCAAACAGGUUACACACCAGGCACUCCGUAUAAAGUAUCUUGUUCACCCACCAGUGGAGCAGUGCCACCAUAUUCGUCAUCACCAAAUCCCUACCAGACUGCUGUGUACCCUGUUCGAAGUGCCUAUCCACAGCAGAAUCCGUAUGCACAGCAAGGCACUUAUUACACACAGCCUUUAUAUGCAGCACCACCCCACGUAAUUCACCACACCACAGUUGUGCAACCCAACGGCAUGCCAGCAACCAUGUAUCCUGCUCCGAUUCCGCCACCAAGAGGAAAUGGUGUGACCAUGGGAAUGGUGGCUGGGACUACUAUGGCAAUGUCAGCAGGUACUUUGUUGACAACUCAUUCCCCAACUCCAGUAGCCCCUCAUCCAGUUACUAUGCCCACGUACCGGGCUCCAGGAACACCAACCUAUAGUUAUGUGCCCCCACAGUGGUGAUCAUCCUGGCAGUCAGUGUUUGAAGAUGGGAGAUAUGCAAUCAAGAAAUUGAGGUUUAAAAGUUGGUGCUGAAGCCCUCAUGCCUCCAACCAGGACUUUUCUUCUGAAUGCUUUCAACACUUGGCUAAACACUACUAAUUCCUGAUCACAGAAGAUUUUUCCAGUGCUGCAUAUCUUACAUCUUGGAACUCCAGCAGUUAGUCUUAAAGCAAACCCUGUUUUGUGGACUGUCUUGCAAUUUUUUAGCUAAUUAUAAUGAUAAAAAGGGAGUAUAAAUUUAUCUGAUCCAUAUCUAGUUGAAUGCAUGUUAAAAACACAAAAACAAAGCUUGCUCAAUCUACCUGCAGUGACUGAUGCAAAAACCAUCAUAUGCAAAUCCAAAGGAACCGAAAAGUAUUUUACAACUUGUAUCACUAAUGCACUGUUGUAAUGUAUGCAGGGUCUUAAAAGGUAGAACCAUAAAAGUGAAUUUCUUUAAAGGAUACCAUAAUAUACAUUAGAUAAGUGCUUCAGCCUUUUUCAGGUUGAUGGAGUUGCCAGUUUAAAAGGGGCGUAUUUUUGUCUAAGUGACGUAUUCUUUCCAAAUUCAACUACUAAAUUGGAGUGACUGGAAAGUGAGUCGGACAAGCUGUAGAAAUCCCGCACAUGAUUAGUUUACUUCAUACCUUUUCAUUUUCAUUAUGUGGAUUCAGUGUUAUACAGGUGUUCUUAAGGAUCAGAAUGAAAUGACGGCGGAAAUGCUAUGUGUGCCAGUAAACACAGCAAACUUCCUUGAGGCAAAACUGGCUCUUAGGAAUAGUAGGAGGUGACAUCACCUGCAUUAUGAAGUGCAUGUCCUGGGGGAGAUACAUCCAGUACUAUCUUCCAUAUGAUGCAAGAUGUGUCAAAGUGAGACUGCCAGACAGUCUGACAGAAAAACACUUUCUUUUAGUUCUCAGUUCAGGAAUUCCGUGCUGUUUUUUCUAAAGGAUGUUGUAGUCAGUUGAAAAUGUGUGUGCAGUUGAUCCAGCUUGCUUUCCUACAACUAAGGCUUUCUACAACAAACGUGAGGAGUUCAGCUGCAUGUUAUUUUGAGGAAAGCUUGUGUGCCUGAUGAGUAUGUUAAAAGGGAACAAAUCAUUUUAACACAGUUUCGUUCUUAGCUACCUGCAGUAUGGACGAUGGAUAUGCUGUCGUAGGGCUGCCAGAACAUAGAGGUUUCAAGUAGCUGUUUGGGGUUUUUUUUUUCUCCUGAAAAUGUUUGUAAUUGAAAUAGGAGACAUUUGCUGGUUAUGGCAUUUUGAUGUCUUGUCUUAGUAUUUUCUUUUAUACAUCCUAAAUUGCACUUGGAAGCACAUAAAAUAAGACUUGACUGUAGAUCAGCAUUUCAUUGCAAUGAGUCAUUUCUGAUAUUCUUUCUUGAAACUUCAAUUUUUAAAAAGUACCUCAAAGCAAAUGCUGUGGUGAUAAAGGGCUAGCCUUAGAACCCAUUUGUAUACCAAAAUUGUUACGGGGGAGAUUUUAAAGUUUUAAAUUUGAAUAUUGCACACAAAAUCAAGGUUUUUGUUAAACCUGCUUGACUUACGACUCCAGAAAGAUGCCAUUUUUCUUUUUUUUGGAUACGUUCUGCUUGCAAUAAAUUAUGCAGUUAAUGGUUAUAAAAUGUUGUUCCCUUUUAAGUGUUUCCACGGAAAUAUAUCAGGCUGUAUUGUUCUUGUAGGUUAACUUCCAUUCAGAAGUAAAAUGUUUAGAUUCUGUAUCUAGCUAGGCUUUGUUCUGGGGUGUUCUGCGCCUAUACAGAUUUGGCAGCUGCUUCAGGCUAGCAUCAGUGUUGAUUUACUGCUGCCAUUCCAGUACUCUGCCCUGGUGGGAGGCUUACAGACCUUCAUACAUAACCCGUUGGUGGUUAGAGCCUUCAGUAACUUUAUUUUUUACAGUAAGCACUCUCCAUAUUUUGUACUUUUUUUUUAAUUGUUUAAUAAAGUUUAGGUUUGUUUUGCAUGAAUCACUGUCAGUGGACGGCCCCCUUAUUUCUAAUGCCUUGAAUGUAACUAUAUCGGUGGGAUAACUACUUUAAACCUUACUCAUAAGCACUUACUGCAGCUUAGAGAUUUCCUUAUGUUUUUAUAGGGAGCAGAAAAUGACCCCAGACAAACUUGUUUGAAUCUGUUCUGCUUCGUUCAAGUCUGUGUAACAAUUCCAUUUGUGUAGUAGAUUUGCAGCUGUGAUUAGUCAGGUGUGCCAGAGACCACAGGGAACAGACACAGGCCAUUUGUCCAUUUUUGCCCAUGGAGAGUGACCUUUUGUUGUCUUGGCAUGGUUUUAACAAAGAGCUGAGGAAUGAAACAGUACUGUGUCGGGGAGAAGCUACGAAGAACGAGCUCAAAGCUUUGCUGUCUCCUGUCUCACCACUCGAUAAACUAAAGCUCUGAAAAUCAUAGGAAAGAACUUUUGAGUGCUGCAAUAGAUAAAUAGGAGGCGUGAUGGAAUGCUGUUCAAGAAAGCUUCUUUUGAGUGUACUAUGCAAGUUAAAUGCUUUUAUGCAGUGGUAGACAAGAAAAAAAAUCCUUCAGCUUAGUUGAAGUCCUUCCUUGUACUGCUUCAUCCACUAAAAACCAAACUACCACGACCACCUGUAAGUGCCACCAUGUCUUAGUGUUGUCUGAGAAUAGUUCAUGGUACAGAGUUGUAUACCAGGGUACUCAACAUUGACUACUCUUCAUGGAGUUGUGGCUUCACUGCUGCUUGGGUAGUAAGGCCACUUAGUGUCUGAGCAAAAGAUGAUCAGAACUGACUUGGAAUCACUCUUCUCUGUUUAAGCACAGAAUUAAACACCAUUUGUUGGAGUCUGGAACAUAUUUUUGCUUGAAUAGGCAAGCACAGGGAUCCAAUACCACCACUUAACUCUAGGCUUACACUUGUACCAGAGUAGUAAAUACCAUGUGUGAGAAACCUCCCAUGAUAGGAAUAUGAACAGUAGUGAUGCUUCAGAUGGAGUUUAUGGGAAAGAGGACAGAUGCUGUGGCUGUCAGAUGGUAACUUGCAGUUGCUGAGGUGUGGUUUGUGUAGUAGCUGGUAGGAAAUGGGCAUGAUCCUUACUGGGCCUUUUCCAGCAGGUGUCACUGGCCAGCCUUGGCCUGUGCCAAGGGUCAGAAGCCAUCCAUUAAUCAUCGCCUCUGAGUGCAUGUGAACACCUGUUCAAAAAAUGUAAAGAUUUAAGCUCAUUCAGAUUGUUCUUGUAACUGUCAGCUUUCUAAUCCUGUAUUUUAUCAACUGUAAGCUUCCUGCAGAGACUCCCAGAUGGGGUGAGGUAGAACGCCGGUGAACAGGAACAACUGCAGCAGGGUUAGGGUAGUUUUGCGCAUCAAGCCUUGCCAAGAGUGAAGGGCAUUCAGAGACCUCCUCUGAAGUAGCAAGGACUGACUCUUUCAGCAGGCUGCAUAUGCCUUUCUUUGGGGGCUGUUGAGGAAAAACGAGUAGGGGGUGUGUAGACAGAAGAGAGGGAAGAGGAACAGUGCUGAUCUAGGGACAAAGAAAACUUCUCUUGUGUGGGUUAAACAUAACACUGAAACAUCCAAAUUUCACUGUCAGUAAGGGUCCGUUUGUGUUGUUUUUUUAAUAUUGUACACAGUUUAUGGGCUCUGAAGCUUCAACAUCAAGAAAGUGAACGUGGCUUUUCUAAACUGUUGUGACUUUUGGGCACUUAGCAGGCAAACUGGGAAAGCUUUUUUAGCUGGCUGCUGUACAGACUUGUUUUAAGUAGAAUGGAUUUGUUAGUGGUUUUUUAAGUUUAUUUUUUUUCAUUGUAAUGCUAUUAUUGGCUGCCCUCCUGUCUAAGAUUGAAAAAGUGAGUGCAUGCAAUGGAAGUACAAGAGGCCCCAGUAAUAGUUCUCCAUGUUUGUUAUAGAAUAGACACAGCUUUCCUUUUUAUGACUUCUUUUAAAACUGUCUUACGAGCAGUUGCAUUGGUACUUUUUUUUUUUAAGUUUAGGUCAAUGUUGUCUUCCAGAAUAAGUUUUAAGGCAUCACUCACUCCUGCAUUGAACUAUCGAUAGCAUCAACACAAAGAGUGGAGCUCCCAUUCUGAGCCAGUUCAAUUGUGAAAAUUCAUACUUUUUUAUUUUUUAUGCAAUUCAAUGAGUAGAUGAGCUCAGAUUUAAAUUCUUAAAAGCACGUUUAUUGUAACAAGAAUUGUUAUGUAUUAAUACUUCAGUUUUCAAUAAAGAUUGACUUGUGUUGCUUAU